CUGAACAAUGUGUACAUCCAUUUCCACCCAAUAAAUACUACGUCGCACCUGCAACCAAUGGACGCCGGCAUUAUUCGAAACUUCAAGCUGAAGUACAAGAAAUUAUUUGUGCAGUGGGUGAUUGAGCAGACCGGUCCACAGAAGCGGUUAGAUUUGUUGACGGCAAUAAAAUUUGUCGUGGACGCAUGGAACGCGGUUUCGGAUGCGACAAUUCGACACUGCUGGCGGCAUACUAGGAUUGUGUCCGGAAGCAUGAGC